UGCCUGUAUUGCUCCAGGCUCCAACAACUCACCACAGCCACAGCGCAGAAUGACAGAGCACGAGGACUUCGCCAGCUUGGCUGGAUACUGGAACUCCUCCAACAGUUACCAGUUCAGCCCUGCCAGUGUCAUCGUCCCUGUGGUCUUCUCCCUCAUCUUCCUCUUGGGCACAGUAGGCAAUAGCCUGGUGCUAGCAGUGCUGCUGCGCAAUGGGCAAAUGGGCCACAACACUACCAACCUCUUCAUCCUCAACCUCAGCCUGGCUGACUUCUUCUUCAUUGUCUUCUGCGUGCCCUUCCAGGCCACCAUCUACUCCCUCGAGGGCUGGGUCUUUGGCUCCUUCAUCUGCAAGGCUGUCCACUUCUUCAUCUACCUCACCAUGUAUGCCAGCAGCUUCACACUGGCUGCCGUCUCAGUGGACAGGUACCUGGCUAUCCGCUAUCCGCUGCGCUCCCGGGAGCUGCGGACCCCCUGCAAUGCAGUGGCAGCCAUGGCUGUGAUCUGGGGCCUCUCCGUGGUCUUUGCUGGGCCCUACCUAAGCUAUUACGACCUGAUUGAGUGGGAGUCCAGCUACAUCUGCAUGCCCGGCUGGGAGGAAUGGAGACGCAAGGUCAUGGACACUAGCACAUUUGUCUUCGGCUAUGUCAUCCCAGUGAUGGUCAUCAGCCUCUCCUAUACCAGGACCAUCAAGUACCUGUGGACAGCAGUGGACCCUCUAGAGGACAUGUCAGAGUCCAAGAAGGCCAAGCGGAAGGUAACCAAGAUGAUCAUCAUUGUAACCAUCCUUUUCUGCCUGUGCUGGCUGCCCUACCACGUGGUCAUCCUUCGCUAUCUCUAUGGAGACUUCCCCUUCAACCAGGCCACCUAUGCCUUCCGCCUGCUUUCCCACUGCAUGGCCUAUGCCAACUCCUGCUUAAACCCCAUUGUCUAUGCCCUGGUCUCCAAGCAUUUCCGCAAGGGCUUCAAAAAAGUCUUCAGCUGCCUCCUGAGGAAGAAACCCCGCAACAAGGUCCACGUGGUGCACGCUGCCCACAUUGUGCCUUGUUUUGAGGCAGCCUCCACUGAAGUGUCCCAGAUGCACGAAGAGAACAACAGGUGUGAGCUGAACCCAGCCUCCCUGGCAGUCCCCUCCGGUUCUACCAAGCCCCUGCACAUUUCCUAGUAACCAAGCUCCAUUUCUUAGCACCCAAGCUCUGCCAGCUGGGCUGCGUCACCAUUCUCAGGCUACCCUUUCACACUGGAUGAGAGGAUGCUGGGAAAGACAAGCCAGAA